UUAAACGAAUCCAACAGAAUGCUUUGCCACAGGGCGGUGAAGCCAGUUUGUCCUGCUCCUGUGAGCCUCCGGCUGUCAGUAGGACACUCCCCCAUCUUAACUCGGAGUAAAGAUACAGGACGGGCUGCAGUUUUGCCGCAGGCUGUUCAAACCGAGCUUCUCGACUGCCAAGGUGGAGAUAUAAAACCAGUGAGAGAGACAGACAAGGAUCCGACUAAGAGGACGAGCAACACCUCAUUUUUCAUCAAAAUGGGGACUGCAAUAUCACGAUGGAGGGCUAAACCUUCCACUGUAGAAACUUUGGAACGACUGGAAAAGGAAAUCCAGACUCUUGAAGACUACAGUGAAAAGUAUCAGAGACAGUUAAAGAAAUGGGUUGGAGGAAUGCUGUUGUACUCGUCUUUGCUGUACUUGUUCACUCUCAUUGUUGUGUAUUUCUGGUUCCUGCCCGAACAGUUCAUGGGACGACUUAUAUUGAUUCUGCUUUUCGUAUUAUUUCCAUUUUUAGUGUGGUUACUUCGUAAGGCGCUUGUGAUUCUUUUUUCACGAAGAACUGAAAGAAAUAAUGAAAAUCUGGAAGAUCUUAAGGAACAAAAACGAAAGAUCCUUGAGGAAGUUAUGGAAACUGAGACAUACAAAAAUGCCAAAAUGAUUUUGGAAAGAUUUGAUCCAGAGUCCAAGAAAAAAGAUGAACUUGAAUCCACUCCAGUCGGAUCCCAGCUGACACCAAAACCAGGACAAGAGCUCCGUCAUCGGAGUGUCACUCCAAAGAGCUCACCAGUGGUGCUGAAUCCUGCGAGCGGUUCUGCUGCCCGCCCUCCUCUCGCCUCUGGGCCCAGCUUUCCUGGUCGACCUACCCAUUCUGCUCCAGGCGGACCCCCAGAGAGGGGCCUGUCAGCAAUAGCUGCUCAGCAGAGCUUGAUGAAGAAGCCCGUGACCCCGGGAACACCUGUUCCAGGAGUUGGGAUGCACCCCCCAGGUCCUCCCAUGGCCAGACCUGUACUCCCAAGGGAAAGGGGUUCGAUGGACAGAAUCAUUGAGUAUCUUGUUGGAGAUGGCCCUCAAAACAGAUAUGCUCUGAUUUGCCAGCAGUGUAUCUCCCAUAACGGCAUGGCAUUAAAAGAAGAAUUUGAAUACAUCGCCUUCCGAUGUGCAUAUUGUUACUUCCUGAACCCUGCAAGAAAGACCAGACCUCAGGCUCCCAGACUCCCCGAGAUCGCUGCUGAACCACAGAUGCCAGUAGCUGAGGCACCCUCAUCAUCGUCUGCUACUGAUGAAGAGGACCAGCUUGUUUCAGGAAAACCCAAGCUUGCUGAAGUCCCUCUUGGAACAGAUGCCCAGGAGCCAGGCACAGUAACAACCACCGAGACCGGUUCUGCAUCAGACAGCCAGAACCUCCCAGAACCACAUGACCUGCCUUCUGAGAAAUCUGAUGAUGAGCAAGAUAUUUCUGCUAUGGAGGUGGAAUAAAAAGGCAGAGCGGUGAUUUCAGCAUAUCGGGCUGGAACAAGCUUUCUUUGAAGGAAUAAAAUAAGUCAGUUUACAAUUAAACAUCCAAACGUUACAUAAAAAGCAAUAAUAAUCCAGCUCUUAAUGUGGUUUUCAACCUGCUGAACUCUUCUGUACUAAAAACAGCUUUUAAACUUGUAGCAGAAGUAAUGAACUGUCUCUAUAUAUAAAAAUAAACAGCGCAGGAUUAUGCCAGAUGUGUUCUUUUCCUAGUUGUGUUUGAUGUUUUUGGCAGUUUUCUUAUUUUAUUUGUGUUGGGCUGAACUUUUGGCGCUUUUUGUUUUGUUAAGCAGGAAAUGGUUCAAACAAAGCAUGAGGUAUUUUGUGGGAAAAUGUUAUUUAUGACAUAUUUAUAGCCAAUUUUCUUUAAUGUUGCACUUGUUUACAGUACUUACUUAGGGUACUAGCUUGUAGGUGGUAACGUGUUUACACAGAUAUGGUACUGUUGACCCCAUGCACAUACAGAACGUUAUGUAUAUAUCACUAAAAGCAAGGAAAGUAGAACCGUGCUCUUCUAAGUGCCUUUUUAUAUGUUGUGUAUGUUUCGGAGUCUUAUCAAUAAAAUUAAACAUUUUAAUAGACAGUGUUACCUAUCUGCUUUUAUUAAAGAUGCUAUUUGCUGCUUGGUGUAUGAAUUCAUGUGCUGUAGAAAUCAUACAAAAUAAACUUGAGGAAAGUCUGCAUAAA